AUGGCCAGCAUCCUGCCUGGAAAGCAGCCGUUCCCACAUGGGAUGGGAGUGCCAUUGGAGGAGCAGAGGUCCCAGGAGAUCAUCGAGGAAGAGCCGGAGGUGGGCAGCUACCGCCUGGCACUGCAGCGGAUGGCAGGGGACCUCCUAUCCCUGCGUCGGCACGUCACCAGCCUGGAGGUGGAGAACGGGCAGCUGCGGCACAGCCUGGCCUCACAGGAGGAGCUGGGCCACACUCUGCUCUCGGACACGGACCUGGACGUCAUGACCCGUGAGGAGCUGCUGGACAGGCUCGCCACCCUCAGGCGCAAGCUGCUGGCCGGCACGGAGGAGAAGAGGCAGCUGAAGGAUCGUGUCCAACAGCUGCAGAAUGAGCUGAUCCGGAAAAAUGACCGGGAGAAGGACCUGGUGCUGCUCCAGCGAGCCCACCAGCAGCAACAAGCCACACUGAGGAGGUGCCAGAAGAAGGUGGCCAAGAUGAAGGGCUUGGAGGACACAGUGCGGCAACAGGAGAAGGUGAUCGAGGUGAUGGAGCAGGUGCUGCAGGAGAAGCUCACCGGGGUGGGCAGGAGCGCUGAGAAGCCAGCGGGAGAAACCCUCUCUGAGGAGGUCCACGCCGUGCUGCUGGCCGAGAACCGCAGGCUGCGGGAGGAGCUGGCAAGGCACCCCCACCCCAAAAAGCCCCCAGCCCUGCCGCUGUCUCUGCUGGCCAGGCUGGAGGAGGCACAGGCCCGUGGGCGAGUGCUGGAGAGGCAGGUGGGCAUCAACCCCCCACACCCCGCUUGA